GGGGGGAAGAGGGGGGAAGCAUUCAAGCACAAACAUCCUAAGAUUCAAGGCAUCUUUCCCGCACGGGCCAGUUUGAUCAUGGCUCACUACGAUGCAUGACAAAAGUCACGACGACAAUACCACCACCAACACCAUCGCUGUACUUCCAUCUAUCCAUCCAUUCAUCCAUCCAUCAUUCGACUGCAAUCCGCGCCGCUUCCACCUCAUCGCGGCCCAUCCAUUCAUAGUCUUGCUCGCAUCUACCUCCUGCGGCGCGGGGCCAUCAUGUCGCAGGCUAGGCAAGCAAGCGAUGGACUAUUCAAGCAGCAAUGGAACGCUUCGCACCUCUUGCCUUACCGCCUUGCCUCUCCAUCCAUCCAUCUGUUUCCUUCUCACACACACCUACGCACACGUCAUGUCUUUCUACUCUCCAUUUCCCCUUGUCCUUACACUUCAUGUUUUGGUUCUUCGUUCGUUCGUUCGUUCCUAUUUCCUCCUGCUUAUGUACAACAGUCUCGCAUGGCUGUGUGGAUUCCAAUUGGAUGAAGAUGACGAAACAUCUGGAACCAUGUGCCCGCGGCCACUAUCCGAAUCGGGAUGCAUCGCGUUGAUUAUUACGCAUUGCUCUUUGUACAGGUACCACAAGACUUGAUGCCAGCACAAAUCCUCAAGAAUGCGGACUGCAGCGUGUACAAAUAGCAGCCAUAGCAGUAGCCAAUAGUCAGCUGGUGUGCGACUGACUGGGAGCGGAACACGGAACUAGAUCUCUCCACUCAUCUCUGAGAUGAGAAAGCCCUCUAAGCGCUUACAUGCUCAC